AGGCCCUUCUUCAAGAGCCACGGACCACAGGACCCGUAUUCAUUAUUGAGGUUCUACGUUUAGUUCAUUUGUUGUUCAGUUAAAUAUUUAUCAGAUAAAAAUUCAACUAUUUAUUCUGUGCAAUUCAUCAACCGGCCGGAGCGAUGAAGGAGUGGGCGGAUGGGGGGCGCAGUCAUCGUUUAAGAAACCCCUCGUAGAGCGCAUGCGCAUGGAUUUGAAGAGAAUACGCCAUAUUGAAUUCUCGUAGGAAUCGGCUAGCAUUUUUUUUCCAGCUAGCGGUGCAAAGGGGCCACUUUAUCAAUGGUCCUAAUUCGGUUUAAUGUUUAAAUACUUCUCUUUUCGUAACCCCGGACAGCGUAGCGACCUUUGAAAGGUCCAGGGAGCAGCGCAGAUUCACAACGGGCUCGCUAGCUUCAGUUAGAUACUAGUAGGGGGGUUACCAGAGAAAGAAGUUGAAUGGAUCCGAGGGUAGCUUGGAUUCAGCCCGAACAGAAAGGACCUGCGAACGCCUUGUGGAUGCACGUCUGGGAGACCUCUCAGGGAGUACGGACGCUCUCCGCUCAGCAACAGCUCCACAAUCAAAACCACAACCAGUGUGUCAAUUACGCUGCGUUGGAUGUUUUAAAAAAUGUGGCGACCGCGGUGGCAUCGAGCAAGAGCAUUUGCAGCAGCAACGGUAACGUUACUGCCAAUCGGAGCAACGGCAGCAGCCAUCACAGCAUCAUGAACGGCACUACUAGUAUAAACGGCACUGCGAUUUCCUCGCUGGGGAUAGCACUGUCCAACGGGAACGUACAUAACGCUUUCAGCACGGCAAACACCGCUGAACCAGGUGAGGGAAAAAUCCUUCCUCAGAAGACGGGAUCUGUCUCCUCCUCGUCCUCCUCACAGGAAUCCGGGACGGACAGUCCCCCCUCCAGCUGCUCACUUGAGAGGACUAUGGGUGUAAAUGUAUCGGGCAACAUUAAUAAAAACGUCGGGGGUGCCAAUCUGCUCUUCAGCUUGAGCGACAGCAUGGACAAUAAUGUCAACCUUUACCACCACCAUCAUCAUCGUCACCUACAGGAGCACCCGGCUUUCAAUUUACAGCAGAUCUGCGUGAAGCGUCAUCAGGUUCACCCCUCUGUACCUGUAAAUCACACACACAAUCACCACCCAGGCCGAAGGAAAAGUGACAACAAGGCGAGCACUUAUGGGAUGAAUUACUUGCUUUCAAACUGCACUAAUGGCAAUUAUGCGAGCACUUGGACACCCUGGAAGACGAGGAAGUACAACCCUGGGGUCAUGGGUCUCCACGAGGAGGUGAUGGACUUCUACAACUUCAUGUCUCCUCGGCCAGAGGAAGCAGCUAUGAGGAAGGAGGUGGUUAACCGGAUAGAGAUGAUCAUCAAGGAGCUGUGGCCCACAGCAGAUGUCCAAAUCUUUGGCAGCUUCAGCACAGGACUCUACCUUCCAACAAGUGACAUUGACCUGGUGGUGUUUGGGAAGUGGGAGCGCCCCCCACUUCAAGAGCUGGAGCAAGCUCUUCGCAAACAUAACGUGGCAGAACCGUUCUCCAUCAAAGUGCUGGACAAGGCUACAGUGCCAAUCAUCAAGCUGACAGACCAGGAGACUGAGGUGAAGGUGGACAUCAGUUUCAACGUGGAGACUGGAGUCAAGGCGGCAAGCUUCAUUAAAGACUACGUAAAGAAGUAUCCAGUGCUGCCUUACCUGAUCUUUGUGCUGAAGCAGUUUCUGCUGCAGAGAGAUCUAAAUGAAGUCUUCACCGGGGGCAUCAGCUCCUACAGCCUCAUCCUCAUGGUCAUCAGCUUCCUGCAGCUCCAUCCUCGUAUUGAUGCCAGGAACCCUAAUGAGAACUUGGGGGUCUUGCUGAUCGAGUUCUUUGAGUUGUAUGGCCGCCAUUUCAACUACUUGAAAACAGGGAUCCGCAUCAAAAAUGGAGGCGCAUACAUAGCCAAAGAGGAGAUCAUGAAGGCCAUGACAAAUGGAUACAGGCCAUCCAUGCUCUGCAUAGAGGACCCACUGCUUCCAGGUAAUGAUGUGGGGAGAGGUUCCUAUGGUGCCAUGCAUGUCAAGCAGGUGUUUGACUAUGCCUACACUGUCCUGAGUCAUGCUGUGUCACCACUUGCACGGUCAUAUCCCAACAAAGACUGUGAAAGCACCUUGGGCAGGAUAAUCAGGUUGACCCAGGAAGUGAUCGACUACAGGGAAUGGAUCAUUAAAAAGUGGGGCGGCAGGGAUCUGACGCGAACAGACAACAGAGUUUCACCUCCCAAGGAGCCUGUGUCAGAGCAGGAUCCCAGCUGUGUGCUGCGUGGUGGUGUUGGGUCGGAGGAGCAGCAGAGGGACUCAGUGUCUCCUCACAGCGCAGACUCCCCCAUGUCCAUCUCCAGCCCUCAGCAGCACUCGUCAGCCUCCUCUGUCUCCUCGCUGUCUGGAUCAGACAAUGACUCUGAUUCGACGUUGCCAUGUCCCGUCCCUCCGCCAGCCCUGCCACCAUACCCAUCUUUCCCACAUCUGGGCCUAGCUUUGCCACCAGGACUCAGUAUGGGCACCGGCAAGCCCGGCAUGGGAGGACACCAUCUGCUCAUGCCUCCAGGCUCACAGGCUCGCGUCUCACUGCCCGGUGGUCUAGCAAUGCACUCCAUACCUGGCAGACAGGUGUGUAUAGACACCGGGCUCCCCCCCUUCUUCCACAUGCCCCCCCCAGCCCAUGCUCAUGCCCCUGCCCCUUCCAGCCCCCAGCCUCCGCCCAGCCCCCACUCCAGCCACACACACAAGAACGGAACCAAGUUCAAUGUGAAGGGCUUCCACAACCCGCCACUGGUCAACGGCCCCGCUCUGGCUAACCGUGGACACACACACGCUCACACACACACACAGUAUCACCGCAACACCUGGCGACGCAGGAAGAGGGACAGUCUACCGGUUAGCCUCAGCAGAUAGAAACCACUCCUCUUCCCAUAACUUUUCCUCCUUCUCCUCCUCUCUGGCUGCAAACCCUGGCUCUUCGUUCGUCUCGAAGGAGGAUGGACAGGCAGACAGAGGACCAGAGACCAGCAGUUUUCAUUCUGGGGCUGCCACGACAUGGAACAACAGCCCUCAGCUCUGCAUCUUUCUCCUAUCGCUACCUUUCCAUUUCUGCAUGACUUUUGUUCACAGUUUUGUAGUUUCAGUAUUAUGUUACUUUCAGUAUUUUGUUUUUCUCAUCUUUGUUUCAGGUCUAUUCCUGUUUUCUUGUUUAUUGCUACUGAACUUGGCGGCAAUGCUGUCGCCAAGUUCACUUGACCUCGCCUCGACCCUCGCAGCCAAGCUGCCUGAGGUUCAGUGUUACUUUUUUUUAACAGUUUAUACACUUAAGAACAAACUGUUUUUCAUUUUGUGCAAUAAUGUUGUAUUUCUUUUUUUGAACUUAAGUAAAUGCUUAUUUAAUUUUGUGUGUGUAUGUAAAGGCAUUUUUAUACUGUUAUUUUAUUUUUGUAGAGUUUUAAAUUUUGUUUACGAAACCUUUCCCCAGGCAGCAUCUCUGGAGUGUGUGUGUUCAUCAGUUGGUAUUUCAGCGUGUGUGUGCGUGUGUGAGCGUGCGUGGGUGAGUGUGUGCAGGAGUGUGCACUCCUGUCUGUCAUCAGGUUGAGAUGGAGCCCAGUUUGCAGGGCCCCCCCUCUUCCUCUUCUUCUCUCCCCUCUUUACUUGUGUUGUUCUGUUUGAUAAAGAGAAGCGGAAGAGAAAGGGAUACGGAGCUCUUAUCUUGGUACUCUUUCCAUUUUUCUUCACGUGUCUUGUAAAAACGGGCGAGGUUAACAUGAAAUUCCCUGAGGAAGUUUUGUUCCUCAGUCCAGUUAGUCUAAGGCAUCCUGGAGGGAAGUGGAGGUAUGAAAUCUCACCCUGGGAUAUCCUGGGAAAUAGGAGAGGUUGUUCUUCUGUUUUGGCCUAGAAGAGGUAGCUCCUGAGCAGAUAAGAGCUUUAGUAGAACCAUCUUGAGAUUGUGUGUGUAUGUGUACACUUCUGUAUGUUUGUGUGUCCCUUAUGGGGCUGUGCUGUUACCAUAUUUCGUCAGUCAGGGGAAGGCUGGCAGUGGCCUGCUAGUUUUGUCUCGGCCAUCUUUCUUUCCGCUGGAGGUGAUUUGAAAAGAAAAGCUACCAGACGGUGCAGGACUUUGGCCUGAGAGAGCCUGUUCUGUUACGCAUAUAUGCUAGUGUGUUUCAUUUUUGUGCUUGUCUCUUUUUAUUACAUGUUGUAGGGGGAGUUGAGGCCUAGAAGGCAACAGCUUAUCUGACUUGAAUUUGAAGAUCAAGAUUAGGGUAAGAGGGCAGAAAGCCACUGAUUCCAGGUCAGAGAACUCCUCAGAUGCUCACUCUCCCUCGUUGAGGGACGUAGUUGUGGAAAUCUGAUCCCAGGGCUGAGGUCAACUCUUGCCCGCAGCUGUAAAUCAGUGAAGACCAACACUAAGAUGCUCAGCGAUAAGGUUUUCUCCUUUGUGGUCCUGGACAAAGGAGAAGG